GUUUCUUCUCAGGUUCUAGCACUUAUUCACACUCAACAAUGGCUCGUCUCGGUGCUCUAUCCCCGCUCCUGCGGGGGACCCGCCUGUCAAGAGUAGCCCCUUCAGCGAGCCAUCCUCUUCGAAAGCCCCCCAUCAGUCCAAGAAGGCUGUUCUCAUCCUCUACACGGAAACAUGCCACGUGGGGAUUCAUAGGACUCGGACAAAUGGGAUAUAACAUGGCUAAGAACAUACAGUCCAAGAUCCCCGCCACCGACACGCUGAUGAUCCGCGAUGUCAAUCAAGAUACCACCGCACGGUUUGUGGAGGAGGCUCGUCAGGCAGUCAAGCGAGCUGCUGCUGCGGGCACUGGCACUGGCAUGGCCAAUGUUGUCGUGGCGGAGAGCGCGAGAGAUAUGGCAGAACAAUCUACGGUCGUCGUCACCAGCCUUCCAGAGCCACAGCAUGUCAAAGACGUCUUCUAUUCCAUUCUCCGGCACGGUGAACUCCCACCCCUGGAGCAGGAGCGUCUGUUCAUCGACACGUCAACCAUCGAUCCUAGCUCAUCCAAAGAGAUUGCGAACGCCAUCCACACCACCGGUCAAGGUCGCUUUGUGGACGCACCUGUGUCGGGUGGUGUCGUUGGGGCCCGCAACGGUACGCUCAGCUUCAUGUUCGGUGCCACGUCCCAGACCGGUCAGCUCAUCGACCGAGUGAGGUCGGUCCUGUCCCUUAUGGGCAAGAACGCGUGGCAUAUGGGCGCCCCCGGUGCCGGGGUCUCGGGGAAACUCGUCAACAACUACAUCCUGGCGAUCAACAACAUCGCCACCGCCGAAGCGAUGAACCUGGGCCUGCGCUGGGGCCUGGAUCCCAAAACUCUUGCUGAUAUGGUCAAUACGUCCACCGGUCGGUGCUGGCCGAUGGAGGUCAACAACCCUGUGCCUGGCGUUGUGGAGACGGCGCCAGCCUCUCGUGACUAUGCCGGUGGCUUUGGCGUCAGCUUGAUGAAGAAAGACCUACGGUUGGCGAUCACUGCUGCAGAGGAGUCGGGCUCACCUCUACCCUUGGCUGAUGUAGCUCGCACUGUGUAUAAUGCGGUGGAGGAAGAGCACCGCGGUAAGGAUUUCUCGGUGGUCUACAAGUGGCUUCAGGAUAGGUCGCAAUAACAGGGGGGUUGGGUUUCUGGGUAGAUGUUCGGCUCCUAAGGAAUCGAAUGCCACGGAGAUCGUGGGGCAGACAUGGCUUCUGUUACGUUCUGAAGUCGCCCAUUCAAUACUUGCUGUUGCCGUCUGUGCACUGAAGAGGAGCCCAGAACUGUAUGUCUCCUGUCCUAGACAGGGAAGACCGAGGUGCACUCUUGAUUGAAAACGUACUAGGCAUACCAAGCAAGAGAUGAUUUCUAUUUGGAUUCGUGUUCAAACCCACAGGCGAGUGAGUGGACAUGUGCCUUUAACUCAUGUAGGACUUAGUAAACACGAAAAACGCCACAGCUGCAGCGCCAUAUUUAGCACACUUUCC